AUGACCUACGACUUUGGAUUUUUGCAGACCCUUCCUUUUGCUGAUAGGAAGUAUGAGACGACUCCUAAAAUCACAGAGAGCUGCAAGUUCAAUUUAGCCAAGGAUGGCAGGCCAGUUACGCUAUUCCCUGCUCAUGGACCUCAGGACGUUCCGCCAGCGCUUUUGGAUAUCAUCCACGAAGAGUUUAAUUUUGUGAUUGACGAGGGACAGACGUAUCCGCAUUACUUGCCAAUGACACUUGAACAGUUUCUUGCGUAUCUUUUCGAAGGAAUGGCUGCCAUCUUGGUGAAUGGAGAACUCUUGCGGGAGGAUUUCGACAAGCCAAGACUGUUCUGGGAAGAGAAGUAUUUGGGCCAUUUUUAUAUCAAACCGAACUAUAUCGGAAGAUGCUCCCAUGUUUGCAAUGCUGGGUUCAUCGUGAACCAUAAGGUAAGAGGGCUUGGGCUCGGGAAGGAAAUGGGGUGGAAGUACCUUGACUGGGCUCCUCGCUUGGGAUAUGUCUACAGUGUCUUCAACCUUGUUUUUGAAACGAACAUUGCCAGUACGAAGAUCUGGGAUGCCUUAGGGUUUGAGCAGAUCGGGUACGUGAAGAAUGUGGCUGUCCUUAAAGGGCACGAAAAGCUAAUUGGUGCCUAUAUGUAUGGCAAGGACCUUGUUUAA